UUUAUCUCGCAACCUGGCAACGUCGCAUACUUGUUUGAAGUACGUUGUGCGAUGGGUUUCCUCCAAAAUUUUCGCCAGAAAUUUACCAUGAGUUAGCAAUCAAAUUAAUCUAAUUUCGGGAAAUCGUGGGGAAAUCUUUCAGUGUAUAUUUUCGUCUGUUAGAAUAUCUUUUGUUUUCUUACUGGUAGCCCUAGUCAGUCAUGAUUGAUGUGACUCCAUCUCACUAUGAAGAUGAGAUAAACAACGCUAGCAACAGAGCGACAAUUUUGUAUCCGACGCCUGCUUGGGACUACUUUUGCGACACAAACAUGCAAGAAAUCAUUCCAGGAGUAUUUUUAGGGCCUUAUGCAGCUGCACAAAUUCACUGCCUCAGUAACCUUGUCGAUAAGGGUAUAAGAUAUAUAAUAUGUGUCCGGCAAGACAUAGAAGCACAUAUUAUCCGACCGCAAAUUAGUGAUCCCUCUUUUACGUAUCUUACAUUGGACAUAGCGGAUCAGGUUACAGAAAAUAUCAUCAGGUUUUUCCCAAAAGUGAAGAAUUUUAUUGAUGAAGCCCAUUCGAAGAAUUUUAAAGUACUUGUUCAUGGAAACAAUGGCAAUUCUCGAAGUGCAACCCUAGUUCUAGCUUAUGUCAUGGAAAAAUUUGGGAUUGGUUUGAAUGAGGCGUUGAAUUUUGUGAAAACAAAAAGGGCUUCUGUGAACCCCAAUGAAGGUUUCUGUGCUCAACUUUCUGAGUACGAACCAAUAUACAAGGCGAGACAAACACUAAACAAUGGAGAAUCUUCCUUUUCCAGUAAGAUUCGACAGAAACGUAAAUCAGAGCAACUGAGUGAAUCAAUAAACGAUUCUUUGAACUACGAAUUGAUUCAACCACCGCCUAGUCCAAUAGCUUGCGAUUAUAAUGACUUAGAAAGCAUAAUGAAGAACAACAGCCCCACUGUGAGCGAUUUCGAGAAAAACCUGUACAAAUUGUGGCUAGAACAAAGAAUCACAAACAGAAAAAAAUAUAUUAACAGAACAUUUUUAAAAGAACGUAUCACAGAUUCUCGAUGAUUUCACAGCAUGAAUUUUUUAUAUUCAUAUCAGGGAUGGGCAAGUGAAAAAACCCUAACGUAAAAAACUAGAUUUUUACGUGUAAAAUAUAGUCUUUUUUACAUGUAAAAAAUAGUUUUUAGGUGUAAAAACUAGAUUUUUUUAUGGUAUAGAAAUAGUUUGGAGUUGUAAAAAACUAGAUUUUCUACGUGUAAAAAUAACAAUUUUUUACACAUUUUCGACGUUUUAUUUACACUUAAUAAUACUGCCCUAUACAAAGUGAAGAAAGAAUUGUACAUAUGUAUGUAACAUCUGUGGCCGACACCUUGUUGUUAUUAUUAUUAUUUAGUUUUUAAAGAAAUCUUGUAAAGUUGUUGCGUUUUAUUUUGUUAUAUUUUAGGCACAGUAUAAAGAUCUCUUAUGCUGUAAUUUUAAUGUAAUAAGUCUAUGAUUGUGUAGCUGUAGAAAUCUAGACUAUUCUUGAACCAGGCUUGUUUUUAGAGUAUUUUACUCAAUAAUUGUUAAAAAAAACUGUAACAAAUUGGGAAUUUGUUACACAUUUUUCUUGUAAAGAAUGUAAUAAUUUUUUUAGUGCAAUCCAGGGAUGGGCAAGAAAAAUCUUGGCGUAAAAAAUUAGUCAAAAAGAACGUGUUUUUUACUUUUGUUAAAAAAUUUCGGUCUAAAGAUUCUCUAAAAACUCUGUUAUUUGUUAAAAACCUUUUUAAAAAAGAUAUUUCAAUAUGCUUCACUAUGUUUGGUCGUUUUAAUGAUUUUUACGCACAUAUUUGCUUGCAAAAUGUAAAAAACGGGAAGAGUAAUUUAAAUACCCAUCCCUGGAGGAAUGAAGUAGCAAAUUCUUAAUUUGUAACACUUUUAAUUCUUUUGGUAAUAAGCUACAGUUGGUUUAAAAUAAAUUUUUGUAUAUGAGUAGAUGUAACAAAUUAAUAGUUUUAUUUCUAGUGUAAUAAAUGUGUAAUUAUUACACAUAGCAUGGUAUAUAACGUAAUAAAUUCAGGAAAUUGCGUAAUAAAUUGUUAAUUUGUUACAUUUAUUGAUUUGCCUUACGUAAUUCUACAGUAAAUUCAAUGGUAUGAUCAUUUGCAACAUAAUUAUAUGUAUAUGGUGAUUCACAGCGAUGGCACAUUAGAAGUUUAUGGAAAUUCGGUGAUAGUUUUUUUUUGAAAAAUUUGAAUUUUUACAUAAAGGCACCUGCUCCAUCUAUCUAAAAUAUUUUCACCGUUACAAUGUUGCCGCAUCAUUUGAAAAGUGGUAGCAUCUUUCUUAUUUUAAAUGGAACACCCGGUAUAUUAUUAGAUUUUUGGAAACUACUUUUAUGUCUCAUACUUUUUUUAGUUUACUAACCUAUACCUAUGUAUUUCUUGGACACUCGCCAAUUUUUCCCACGCUCGAAUUUAAAACGCCCCACUCCGACGAUGCUUAACUGAAUUAAGCGAGCGACAGUCAGCCUCAUUCAGUCGAUGCAUAACCUCCACCGAUGACGUGUAGGGCCGUAUUACGGAAGAUUUUAAUUCGAUUUUUUCUUAUAUUUAACCAUAGGUAUUUGUGCUUUUAUUUCAAUUUUAUUUUUAUUGUUGGAAUGGGAAAAGGUUUUCCGGGACGUGCGGCUGCUGGUUACACAAAUAAUUAUGGAAAUAAUUCAAAAUAUAGUCUGUUUAAUUUUCAAUUCAAUUCAAAAUUAAUGUUCAAUUCAAAAGUAUUCACACUUUAGAGCUUUUCAAAACGAUAAAGACCACUUAUUUGGAGGCUUGCUAAUGCCAAGUGGCCAUUUUUUUAUUUAGUGUCCUCAUUGGAGGCUAUUUUUAUAAGCUUUGUAUGUAACUAUCUAUGUAUGUAUGUAUGUUUUUGCGGGACAAAUCUUGUAAGCUAAAUUAGA